GUGAGUGGUUAAUCGUGUGAACAUAUUUGUUAAUAAUAUUUUGUGACCAUGAGAACACGGAGCGAAUGUAUUCCGUGUGGAACUGAUCUUCAAAGCCGAAAUAUUACACCAUGGGUACUAGUCGGAAUACCUUCCCCAAAAAUAACAAUGGAUAAGGUUCAGAGCAGUCGUCAAAUUGAUUUGCAGCAAAUCAGACUACAAGGAGUCUCGCAGAUUUAUGAACAAGAAAUUACUCGAUUAAAGCAAGAGCUUGCUACAAUGAAACAGGAGUCUUCGGAAAUAAGCUUGAAGCUUCAAUCUGCUUUUCGACUACACGAUCGAAAGGAAGCUAUUUUUCGAAAACAAGAGGCUCAAUUGAAAGCGUUUCAACAUGAAAACAAAAUGCUCCAAAACGAAAACAACCACCUGAGAAAAGAGCUAAAACAAUCUCGUAACUUACGACAACCAAUGGCGAGGCUAACAUUGCAACUCGCAAUUAAGAAUAAAUUUCUUAGAGAAAAGAUUAACGAAACCUAUGCUUUCUAUGGCAAAAAGAACGUUAUGAACGCUGCAGAAAAAAUUUCACUUGAGGCCAACCUCAGAAAAUCCGAAUCAAAGAGAAAGUCACUGCUACUCAAGACAUUUACAAUGUUGGGCAAGGCGGUUGUAUUAAAGAAUCAAAGCUCCUCCAGAAUCAAUGUUCUAAAAAUGAGGUGCAAUAUUUACAGGGAUCAGAUAAAAUUCAAGAACUACAUGGACCGUAUGGUCAGCUCCGCCUCAACCCAGAUUAUUAGUGGCCCAACAGAGUUCGUCCCAGCUGCUGCAAAAAUUCAAAAUGAGCAUAUACGACGCCCAACUUACAAGAAAAUAUUUCAAAGAAGCAUCCACACUGCGACAGAGCCAGAACACAGCACAAUCCCACCACAGACAACUAGAAGAAAGCCGGAAACCCUGCACUACAACAUCGUUCACAAUGCAGCCAAACAAGAAACAGCGGGACAAAAUAAUAUUCAGCGUUCAUACAGUGUACCACAAGUUCAUCCGUUCGCAUUGCUACAGUUACCCAGAACCCGCAGACAUUAAUCAGAGAACUUUGCAUGUGGUGAAGGGACCAGAAGAAAAUAAUCCCAAUAUUACAACACCUACUUUUCAACUAUUAACUUGAGACAAUACCGAAAAGAUCGUUCGUAAAUCAUUUUAAUAUUCAGUCCUUUAAUUAAUACAAUAGAGAUAAGUGAAUUGUGUUUACCGUAUAAAACUCCAGUUAAUUAGGCCUAGUAAAAUGCAAAGCUUCGCCGCCUAAUUCUCAAAGCAAGUUAGACUUGCAACCAUUUCAAAGACAAUAAAAAUGUUUUUGUAAUGAUUUAUUUGAUUUGUUCUUUGUAUAUUUUAUUUUGUAUUCUUAUUCUAUACUAUGUUAUCUUUUUUAAUCAUAAAUGUUUAAAAUCCAUCUCUUUAUAGUACUUUCAUUUAUUGCAUUAUGAAUAAGUAUUGAUUGAUAAAACCCAUGCUUUUAUGGAAAAAAUGAUUGUUCAGAAUGCUGAAUGUAGUGGGGAAAUGUUUACUUGAGCAACCAAAGUCAGAAUAAGAAAAAAUCAUUGAAACAUUUAAUGAUGGGCAAAUUCAAAAGAUGUUUUUUUUUUGGGGGGGGGGGAAGUUAAAAAAAAAGAAAGAGAAAGAAAAAGCAAAAAUUUAUCACCCAAAAUGCCUCAGAGGUUUUUCAAAAAUUUCGCGGGGACAAGCCCCAUACCCUCUAGUAUAGUGUUAUGCCCCAUACCCUCUAGCACAGUGUUAUGUAAAUCGGUCCUCCAUCAGACAUCUUUGGAUCCGCCCCAGCUGAGUUUGUCCCAGCAAGAAUUCAAAGUGAGCACAUGCAACACCCUACAGACAUGAAGGCAAGAUUUUAAAAAAACAAUGUAUUUCCCGUUCACCCUAACAUACAACCAGGAUUGUCAACCAAUCAACAACACAGCACAAUCAAACUUCACACAAUAAGACAAGAAAAACCUUCAGCACAACACACAGAUGGCGUUCAUACUGCAGCUGAGCAGAAACAUGAUACCGCC